CUACACUUGACCAACAUCUCUGCCCCGCUUUUCACACACUCCACUCAUUGGUGGAAAUACUACUGACGGAAAUAUCGCGAGAGUAUGUGAAGGACGCUGAAACCGCGUGUGUUUGUGUAACAUGUUAAGAAAUGCAUUCCCUUUAAUGCAAUGACAGAACUGCGUCCAUGGCGGGACAUAUGAAGAAGCAGUUUAAGGACGCAGUGAAGAUCAUCAGCUCGGGUAGCAUUCUGUUUGCCUCCUACCUCACUGCAGUGGGAGAUGAGCGUUUCUAUGCCAAUCAGCUGAUGCCCCUGCUGCAAAAGUGUGUGGGGGCAGAGACGGCGCAUGUGUUGGCAGUGAAGUUGAUCGGUCUUGGGCUGGUUCCUCUGAACCGCUACCAGGACCCUGCAUCAUUGGAAGUGAAAGUCCUGGGUUUAAAGUUCAAAAACCCAAUUGGGAUUGCGGCGGGCUUCGAUAAGCACGGAGAGGCCGUCGAUGGGUUGUACAAGGUCGGAUUUGGCUUUGUCGAAGUGGGCACAAUCACUCCCAAACCUCAGGAGGGUAACCCAAAACCACGCGUGUUUCGACUAACUACAGACCAGGCAAUAAUUAACAGGUAUGGAUUCAACAGCUGUGGUUUGGCAGAAGCGCAACAGAGGCUCAAGGCCAGAGGCGACACACAGCAACAGCAAAGUAAAGCUGGCUUUCCCCUUGGCAUCAACCUGGGGAAAAACAAGGUGUCGCGUGACGCAGGAGCAGAUUACUUGGAGGGGGUGAGGGUGCUGGGCCCGCUGGCUGACUACCUGGUGGUCAACGUCAGCAGUCCUAAUACGCCGGGUCUCAGGGAUCUACAGGGGAAGGAAGAGCUCCGCCAACUUCUACAAACGGUGUUGAAGCAGCGCGAUGCCCUGCAGGGAGAACAUAAACCCCCGGUCCUGGUGAAGAUCGCUCCUGACCUCACUGCCCAGGACAAACAAGACAUUGCUGAUGUUGUCACUGAGCUUGGAGUAGAUGGUUUAAUGGUGUCUAACACUACAGUGUCCAGACCGGAGACGCUUCAGGACUCACACAAGUCGGAGACGGGUGGGCUGAGUGGCCACCCUCUCAAAGACCUCUCUACCACCACAGUGAGAGAGAUGUACCACCUCACUAAAGGUAAAGUACUAAUUAUUGGAAUCGGUGGUGUGGCCAGUGGGCAGGAUGCUAUGGAUAAGAUCCGUGCUGGUGCAUCACUGGUUCAGCUUUACACAGCUUUGACCUACCAGGGUCCGCCUGUAGUUACGAAGAUAAAAAGGGAAUUGGAGCAUCUUCUGAAGGAACAAGGGUUCAGCAGUGUAUCGGAAGCAGUUGGAGCAGAUCACAGGGGAGCAGAUGAGUCAUCUAAUAAGCAGGGCAUGCUGAAAGAGAUGGUAAAUGCUAACACACUAAUUGCUACACAGCACCUGUAGCUGCCAUCAUCUAAUCAGGCAACAUGAUCCUGAACUUUUCCUGAACUUUGGUGAAUGCUGAGGAUUGUCUGUCCGUCCACGUGAUCUCAAGGAUGAGAUAUGGGCUGAACUGGGAGCUGUUGAAACCAUAUUUUAGGUAUUUGUGUCGAGAAAAUUCUGAAUGCACCUAGUCUCACCUUUACUUGAACAUAUAAACAACGUCGUUAUUCAAAUCUUUUAUGUUUUAUAAGGAAACUGAGGUUUGUUUCUGUUUGUUACACGUUGAUCAUUUGUUACAGUGUAACAGCAGUAAGUGUUUCUCAAAUGCAUUGUGACUCCAAAGUGCUUAAACUCUUCAAACAAAUAUCAUCACAUUUUUUACAGACAUUGUACAAACUAAAAUCUAGUUUAUAAAGAAGAUAUCUAAUCUGAUGUUAAAUAGAUAAAGCAGCAAAACGUGAUCGUUAUCAUGCAUUUUAGAAAUUGUUUUGCGCUCAUAUGAUCUAAAUUUAAAUCUGGCACGUUUAAAAAUGGAUUGUUUGUGAAUGAAUGGCAGUGUGUCAUGUGCUUGGCAACAGAUCUACAUUUCACUUGAUUUCCCUGAUAAAACUUCAAAUAAAAAAUGUUUGUUCCAGUGUGAGAUAUCAACAACUGGAAUCAAACUGUUGUAGGAUGAUGAUAACAAACAUAAUAAUAAUCUGUGUCCCGACCAAAUGGCAAUACAUUUAACUGCUAUUAUAUAACUGUAUUUUGACACAUCUUAAACAUGAUUGUCUGAUUAAAAAAUAAGAAUUAAAUGCUCCCCAUAAUAUAUAACCCUGCAAUAGCUUGUGUAGAGUAUCCUGUUUCGUCUGUUUAGAAUGAAAUAAAAAAUGAUUGGUUUAUUGUCCAUCUAAAACAGA